AUGGCGCGAGUACCACCGCCCGCGUUGAAGAAAGACAAGAAGGAGAAGAAGCCUCCUAAAGAUAAUUCCAAAAAUGUUAUGCGGAAUUUGCACAUCAGGAAACUCUGCCUGAACAUCUGUGUCGGAGAGUCUGGUGACAGGCUUACUCGUGCUGCUAAGGUGUUGGAACAGCUUACUGGACAACAGCCAGUGUUCUCGAAGGCUAGGUACACUGUCCGUUCUUUUGGAAUCCGUCGUAAUGAAAAAAUUGCUGUUCAUUGCACAGUACGAGGAGCCAAAGCUGAAGAGAUCCUUGAAAGGGGAUUGAAGGUCAGAGAAUAUGAGUUGAGGCGAGACAACUUCUCAGCCACAGGAAACUUUGGCUUUGGUAUUCAAGAACACAUUGACUUGGGUAUCAAAUAUGAUCCCUCCAUCGGUAUCUAUGGUCUUGACUUCUAUGUUGUACUUGGUCGUCCAGGUUUCAAUGUAGCUCACAGAAGACGUAAGACUGGCAAAGUUGGGUUCCCUCAUCGUUUGACAAAGGAGGAUGCCAUGAAGUGGUUCCAACAGAAAUACGAUGGUAUCAUCCUUAACAGCAAAAAGUUUUGUAAGCCUUUUUAUCACAUAUUUAUGGCUACUUACGGGCAGGAUGAGGAAGACGAUGUUCUCGCGCCUAAAGAACCACAAGUUACCUCACAAGAUCCGAGUGAGCGCAAAGCUGCACGAUUUUUGCGUAUUAAACGACGCCAGGAGGCACUUAAAAAAGCUGAACAGUCUGCCGAAGAAUCGGCGGGGGAAGAGGAAGCGGUAGGUCCGAUAGAGGAAGCGACAGCUAAUGCAGCCGAGGAACUUCAGCGAUUGUCACUUGAUGGCGCUGCCAAAGUCACCAAUGUCAAAGUUACUACUGACGAGCGUGAGGUUUUUAGACGCACACAGUACUUUCGUAAGAUGGACGAGUCUACCAACAAGAUUGAAGAAGAAGCAGCUGAAGCGCAAACGCAGUACGAGGUUAUAUCCAACCACUGGGAAAAAAUGAUGGCUGUAAAAGACCCUUUGGACAUUGAAGCUGAAAUGAAAGAGCAGAAGGAAAAAUGUGACCGUUUGCUGAACCAAAAAAACGACUUGAUAAGUUAUCUUAAAAAUGAACUGAAACGUAUGGACCACGCAUAUUUCGAAGAUUUAAACAAACAAGAUAACGAUAUCAAGGAAUUGUCUGAAAGAAUAGAAAAGCAAAUAUCGAUAAUGCAAAGAGCCUAUGAAAAACAGCUAUCAUUAAUUGACACAGCUAUAAAUAUUGAACGCGAAGCAAUGAUAGAUCACAAUAAUAAGAGAUGGGAAGCUCUUUAUAAACAACGAGAUAAAGAAGAAAUUGCACACAUGGAAUAUAAAACUGAACAGCUCGAAGAACACAAGCAAGUGGUGGAAGCAAUAAUGUGGGACCAUCAUGAAAAAUAUCGUGAAGCUAAAAUAGAAUUAGAAACUUUAACUCAAGAUUUGCAGAAAGAAUUGGAGAAAUUAAAAUCCACUUGCAUUAUUAACACCGAAAAGAUUGGAUAUACUUAUCAGGUUUUGAGAAAGCGUGAAGAAGAAAAUUUAUUUGUAAGAUCGCAGCAAAAGCGAAAAUUGAACAAAAUGUCAGAUGUUGCUAAUUCGUUGAGAGCCAAAAUUCAUAAGGCAGCUGAAGACGGUGCUAUCGAAGAAGCGAAAGCUGAUGCCGAAAUCGUUAAGCUUAUGCAGACGAUGGAAGAUCUAGAAAAGAAAUCAGAUCAGUUUUCUCACGUAAACAAUUACAAGUUUUCGCAAGUUUGGCGUAUGUCUGCGGCCCGAUGUAUUGAGUUGACUAAUCAGUUGCGGGCAGGGGAGGUCGCACUUCAUGCGCAUAUAUUAGCAGAACCCCCACCACCUCCACCACCGCCGCCCCCUAAAAGUCCUUUGACUCAACACGAACAUGAGUUUGCACUUAGAAAGUUAGGCGAGACCAAAGAGGAAGUCUGCACAACUCCCGCUGAUAAGGCAGCUGCUGAAGCUAAAGAAAAAUUGAUUCGCCAUAUUCUACAACUUGUGGCAGACAACACUGGAUUUUUAGUUGAAGAUCGUUUACUAAAACUUAUAGGGAAAUACCAAUUGAGUUCCAGAAAUUUAUGUACACUGGAUGCUAUUUUUAUGGCGCUUGAAAUUCAAGCAGAAGAAGAUAUAGAACUUUUAUGCAAGACAUUUUUGAAUUAUUCAUUUUGUCCAAUCUGUGUUGGAUUGGAAGGUGCAUCAGACACGAUAGCACCACAAUCUGAAGGUUCAGGACCCGAAGCAUUGUCCGGUGGAGAUUCUGCAUCUAUUGUCAACAAGGGCGCGAGACAGUCACUCCGGGGUCGUCCCAGUAUGCAAGCUAGAAGUAUUUCGGCUAGCACAUCUCGCUCCGCUCACAUUGGUUUCAGGAGUCAUGAAUUAUCACCAUGCGACCAGCUGCUAAUGAGCGAGGCGGAUGAAAUUAUACAAAAAUGCGGCGACCCACAGGCAGCGACAAUCAUGAUGACUGGUGGUACGCCGGACGCAGGCUCCUUGGCAGGAAGAAGAGUUGGUACUAGAGGGGUUACUGUAGCGGAGCAACCAAUAGAGGCUACCAUGAUGAAACCGUCCAGCCCUUUCGUGUGUCCAUUGGGUCAUGUUUUGGAAAUAGAGCCAAUGCAGGUGUUGACAGCGUUAAGUGAUUUCAUAGCAGUGUUUGUGCCCCCGGAGAAGAAGAAACUUUAUAAUAUAUUGGACAGCUUAAAACCUCCAAGUUUCGAUACUCCGUCUCGCAAAUUGACCCCAGAGGAAAUAGACAAAUACUGGACACAGUGGAAGAAUGUUUUUUCUCCUGAGAAAGAUAAAUUUUGGGAUGGAAUAUUGUUCGGACUUAACGAUUAUUUGGCUAUUCUACAAGAACGUGAGAGAGUUCAUGAAGAAGUAGUACAACUUCGACGUCGGAACGCAGCUCUUCGUAGAUUGAUCCGCGGUGCGUUACCCGAGUUGCCUGCAGUAUUGCCAAAAUACGCGCGCCCAUAUCCACAGCAUAAGAGUUGGAAAAAAUAUUCCUUUAAUAUAGAAACUGCUACAAUGUUAAAACCUGCAUUUCAUUUAUUUGGAGCCAUUCAGUUUUUCUAUGGAUGUUAUUAUGACUAUAACUAUGUGAAUAUUCCUAGUAAUUCAACUACAGUCACACCAUAUGGGGGCAAAUUUAAAUAUUUGACAUAUUUAGAUGCGAUGAUACAAACUGCAUACUUCACACUGGCGCUUUUAAAUGAUCUUGUUGGUACAAAUGAACCGUCACCUUCACACAAACCCUUGAUAAGAAGAGUUAAAGAUGUAGUGUUUAGUGCUUUAGCAUUUCCUUUGGCAUUAUUUGUAGGAAUAACUUUUUGGGUGGGUGAAACCAUCAAUAAGUCAGUUUGGUCUACUGAGGUUGAAAAGACUGUCAGAUCUGGGAAGAAAAAAGCCAAAUAA